AAAGAGAGAGGGGGAUCUGCAGCAGAGCGGGAGUCCGUGUGCGGCUGUCACAGAGGGCACGCCGGGCACACUGUUGGUCGGCUGGAGCUAAACCGAGCUGCUCUCCUUCCCUCCUCACGGCGCCGAGCUUCACCCGGAUUUAGUGACUCGCUAACUUUCCACUGUUAUGGAGCUGAAACUUUCCCCACAACUUCUCACCUCCCAGCCCCCGAGUGUCCGCUCCACAGAAACCCCAGCCGCCCCGCUGCCAAGCGUCUCCUCAUCCCUCACCCCUUAAAUCCUCGGGACCCUCCGCUUCCGAAUCGUGCCCGGCCGGCAGAUCCUCUCCCUCUCCGGGCUCAUCCCUGCGGGACUCCCCUUCUUGUAAUGAGCUGAAGCCCGCUGCCCCCAAUCCCCCCCAAGGGACCAUGGCCGUGGGGGCACAGCCCCAGACAGACAAUGGCCGGGUGCCCUCCUUAUCCUUGGCCACGGUGCCCGGCCAGGAGAGCGGCAUGGAGUUCGUGGCUCUUACGGCUGUGCAGACGGACAGUGGCAGCCCCCGCCGAUUGGGGCUCCUGGGGACUCCCCUGCCGGGUCCACCGCGCACCUCAGCCUCGCACAAGAGGUACCGGCGCCUGCAGAACUAUCUGUACAACGUGCUGGAGAGACCCCGAGGGUGGGCCUUCGUCUACCAUGUGUUCAUAUUUUUCCUGGUUUUCAGCUGUCUGGUGCUCUCGGUGUUUUCCACAAUCCCCGAAUUCCAUAAUUUGGCCAACAAAGGACUCUUCAUACUGGAAUUUGUGAUGAUAGUGGUGUUUGGCAUGGAGUAUAUAAUCCGGAUCUGGUCUGCUGGAUGCUGCUGCCGUUACCGAGGCUGGAAAGGACGCCUCAGAUUUGCCAGGAAGCCUUUCUGUGUCAUUGAUUUUAUCGUUCUGGUGGCCUCUCUUGCUGUCAUUGCGGCAGGCACUCAGGGUAACAUCUUUGCAACAUCGGCCCUGCGUAGCAUGAGAUUCCUCCAGAUCCUGCGCAUGGUGCGUAUGGACCGGCGUGGGGGCACCUGGAAAUUGUUGGGGUCCGUGGUGUAUGCUCAUAGCAAGGAGCUGAUCACUGCCUGGUAUAUUGGUUUCCUGGUGCUAAUAUUUGCCUCCUUCCUGGUGUAUCUGGCAGAGAAGGAUUCCAAUAACCAGUUUUCAACAUACGCAGACUCUCUUUGGUGGGGAACGAUAACCCUGACCACGAUUGGUUAUGGUGAUAAGACUCCACGUACGUGGCUUGGAAGAGUCCUUGCUGCUGGCUUUGCACUUUUGGGCAUCUCUUUCUUUGCCCUUCCUGCAGGUAUUCUGGGAUCUGGCUUCGCUCUGAAAGUACAGGAGCAGCAUCGGCAGAAACAUUUUGAAAAACGGAGGACUCCAGCAGCCAACCUUAUCCAGGCUGCCUGGCGUUUGUAUUCUACUGAUGCAAGCCGUUCCUACCUCACAGCAACAUGGUAUUAUUAUGACAGUAUCCUGCCUUCCUUCAGAGAGCUGCUCCUUUUGUUUGAUACCUGGCAUCGAACGCGCAGCCGAAAUGGAGGGGUUAGGCUCUGUCAGGGGUCUCCUCGUUAUCACCCUGCCCCUUCCACUGUGAAAUCUGCGGCACCCCCUUUAUAUGCAGGGGAAAGUAAUAAAGUAGGACUAAAAGAUCGUAUGAGGGGGGCAGGUGCUCCAAGACAAAGCACACGCACCAAACAGUACCUGGCCCCCCCAGAGCGAUUAUCACCAGGAGCAGAUGCCUCCGCAGAAACUCCCAGUCCUACGAAGGUGCAGAAAAGUUGGAGCUUCAAUGACCGAACAAGAUUCCGAGCAUCAUUAAGACUCAAAGCUAAGCCACAACCAGAAGAGGGUGCUGGAGAAGACAGUACUGAUGAGAAGAGAUUCGCCAGUGAUCUAACCAUGGAAGAUGUAAUGCCAACUGUGAAGACCUUGAUCAGAGCCUUUAGGAUUCUGAAGUUCCUUGUGGCCAAGAGGAAGUUUAAAGAAACUCUUCGACCAUAUGACGUGAAGGAUGUAAUAGAGCAGUACUCUGCUGGACACCUGGACAUGCUUGGACGUAUUAAGAGCCUACAGUGCCGGGUGGAUCAAAUCAUUGGCAGGGGACCUAUCCCUUUUGAGAAAAAGCCCAGAGAGAAGGGAGAGAAGCCUCCUCUUGCAGGAACAGAUGCUGAAGCAGCUGAUGAGAUGAGCAUGAUGGGCAGAGUGGUGAAGGUAGAGAGGCAGGUGCAGUCAAUCGAGGACAAACUGGAUAUUCUGCUGGGCUUUUACUCUCAGUGUUUAAAGAAGGGUCCAGUCAGUUCUUUCACACUGACUUCCUUGCAGAUGCCACUCAUAGACCAAGAUUUGACAUCUGAUUACCAGAGCCCAGUGGAUCAGGAGGGCAUCUCAGUGUCAGCACAGACACUCAACAUCCCCUGCUCAGCCAGCAACAACGUGGAGUAAGGAAGACACAGUUCAGGGGUACACAACAAGGCCUCAUGACACCAUUUGCACUCAGAGGGAUGGGGGGUUGUGAGUGUAUUACCUCAAGGCAUUGCAAAUAAUGAUACCCCAAUCUAUCAAGAACUUCUGGCAGUCAUUUUAUUUCUGUGUCUUCCAAAUUAACAGGAUAAUCAAUAAAUAAUGAAUAUGCAAACAUCCAGAGGAUCCACUGUAAAUUGAACUUUGAUUCAUCUUGCCACAGAGUGUUGGAUAGGACUUGAAAAGCCAUAUGGGCACUCUGUGCCACUUUGCCAUAUGAAUGACAAACUUUGUGCCAUUGGUCUCUCAUGGGGCAAAGAGGAUGUCUUUCUAGCUACACGUUGACAGAAAUGAGCUGCACUGUGUCAAUGAACAUGAACACAGACCUUGUGUGUCAUAUAUUAUCGCUUCGAUAUAUUGUUACUAUGGUGGGUGCCACCUUUGACACACCCAGCCUCUAGGAAGUGCCUCAAAGACCUUAACAUGCAGAUACUGCUCAUGUCCGUCCUUCAUCUCACACAGUGUGUGUUGGCAGCAGGAGGCUUGGUGGAGGUUGGGUUCAUGUACUCAACCCCAGCGCUGAGGCAAAAAUUAGAAUUUUCAAAGGGACCUCAAAACAACACAACUUCAUCUCUAGAGGAAGAGGAGGAGAACAACAAAAACUCUGGCUGAAUAUUAAAAUUUCACCUCUGCGUGGAAGAAAGGUGAAGAGGUUUAGAUCCAAUAGUGUGAGAUGGACGGAUUUUUGUCUAUGUUUCUAAAGCUUGAAGCGUGUAUGUGUGUUUCUAGAAGUGUGUGCACGAGAGAAUGUGUUUGUAUAACUGCCCGCAUUUGUGUAUAUUUUGGUGUACACUUUUGCAAUAAUGAAUUAAAAUCUAUUCUAAAAA